AUGUCUCUAGGGUCACUAAAGCUCCAGGCAGUGGGCGAAAAGGCUGAAGAAGAGGAGGAGGAGAGCCUGGACUCGGUGAAGGCACUGGCUACCAAGCUGCAGUUACAGACCCGGCGGCCCUCCUAUCUGGAGUGGUCUGCCCGAGUCCAGAGUCAGCCCUGGCGUGGGGCCCAAGCCACACCCGGGCCGGGGGGACCUGGAGCCAUCUGUGGCUUUGUCUCAAUGAACUCUGCUCUCGAGUGGCUCCGCCAGGAGUUGCGGCAGAUGCAGGUUCAGGAUCAGCAGCUGGCAGGGCAGCUUCUGCGGCUGCGGGCCCAGCUGCAUCGGCUGAAGGUGGACCAGGCCUGUCAUCUACACCAGGAAUUGCUGGACGAGGCCGAGCUGGAGAUGGAGCUGGAGCCCGGAACUGGGCUGACUCUGGCCUCGCGCCUACGGCACCUUGGCCUCACGCGCAUGAACAUCAGCUCCCGUCGCUUUACCCUUUGCUGA